UCCAACUGUUCUUCAUCGCGCAGUCUGUAACAACAGACAUCCAGCUUGAGAGGAGGAAACAGCAGACACUUUCUCCUCCAUGUUAGGUCCUCUUCAGUCAGCAUGUUUUAAAGCGUCAGCACUUAAGUAUUCAGUCAUAGGAUGGACCACUCAGCUCUCCACCGCCUCAUCUGCCUGUCUGUCAUUCUGCUAACCAGGCUCGCCACUCAUGCCACCCCAGUCAUUUUUAAUGACUCUUUGGAGGGCAGUGGACAGUGGGACUCUGGGAGCACAGACCUGACCCACACACCCACCAUUUCCUUCUUCAAUGAAUCAGUGAAGUCUACCUCCAUAGAUGGAGAAAAACAUAGCAAAUCAUUCUUGGAUCAGCUGGUGGAUUUCUUACAAGAGAACCACCUUCCCAUAAUCGUCAUUACCACAUUACUUUUUAUCAUCAUCACCAUCCUCUGCUCAGCUGCCAUCUUGAGUCGCCGACGUAAAGUCAGCACCUACUAUCCUUGUGCUUUCCCUUCCAAGAUGUACGUGGAUGAACGAGACAAGACCGGAGGAGCACGCUUCUUCAGCGAAGUCCCAGAGAAAGCCAACACCAGCUCCAGUGAGGAGCCAGUGAAUUCAGCCAGGCAGCUCCACGAGGACAUCAUGCUGGCUACCAAGAACCUCCGAACGCCAAUCAAGACCCCAAGGAAGGAGAAGAAUGAAGUGGCGGAAGACCAAAAACAUGCAGAAGAUGAGGGAAGUGCUCAGUGCGACAAGAGUCAAGAGGAGAGCUGUGGCUCACUAGAGGACAAGACCACAAAUCAGUCUGCUGUUGAGGAUACUGUGGAAAAGAGCUGCCCCAGCAGGUCCCAGGACAGUAUCCCCGCUUGUGACAUGGAAAAGACUGACCCCUCAGACUCCGGGCCCCCUGAAGAGAGCAAACAUUCAUCUGGGCCAGAGAAUUCGGAGAUCCAUGAGGACACGAACAAACAGGAUGUUGCUACUUCAGGCUCACCAUUUAUCAGUGAAGAGAAAACAGCAUUUUAGCUUGGACAUUUUUAAAGCCUUAAAGGAAACACUUAAGACGCAAAUACAGACCAAAGUGUAUUUCUUGCACACGUUGUAAAAAAAAAAAAAAAAAAAAAAAUGUAGUAUGAAGUUUAAUUGAGAUCAUUCAUGAAAAAUAUAUGGCUUUAAUAUUGUUUGUAACUCUUCGAUUUUCCAAAUAUAAAUGUAAUGAUCUGUUUUAAGUUCCUUAAGAGUAAAUGAUAUGAACGGACGCCUAUUGGGCAAGACAUAAAAUCUGCUUUUUAAAUGUUGGUUGUCAUGAAUUUCUUUUCAUUUGACAUGAUGACUCUUUAACCCUAAAUCAGAAAUGAUCUUUAUUCUUGUUUGCUUUACUCUCUAUUAUUAGCGAUGACAUCCAUAAAGACUGGAAAGGUUAGGGUCAGGGAAGUAGAUUGCGUAAAUGGCUCGCAAUGCACUAUAAACACACGCAUCCACAAAAUAAAACAAGCACACUCACUACUCCAAUUAAGGAGACAAGGCUAAGUGUAGAAAAGCUUUGCUGUGAGUCAGCUUAUUAUUUACAUAUUCUGGCUCGAAGCAUUUCCUUUCAAGGUCGAGAGGUAUUCAGCCACAGCAAGUCCCAUGCCACCUUUCAAACAGUUUAGUCUAAGAUCAGUUAGUCUCAACACAUACUUUAUGAAGAACACAAUAUUCUUAAUAAACUUACUACAAGAUCUGACCACAUUUCAUACUUCAUUACUUGAAUGUUCAAGACAAUCUGCCAUCUACAAUUUCUAAAAAACAAAAAAUGUCAACAAAUGCUGGCCAGUGCUUUAACUCCACUGAUAGUUUGCUUCAGAUCUACGGAGGCUGCAGAUCUGUUGGUAUGUCACUUAUAGCAUAACAGUUCAUGAAACAAACCUCAAGUUGAGAUGUAUAAUCACAUUUUCAAAUGAAAACCAUAUACUAGCCAUGCUGAAACCAGGUACAAUGCAAAAUCAGUUCAUCACUGUAAAUUAGCAUCAUAUUUCUAGAUUCCACGGGUAUGCAAUAUUAAUUCCAAUGCCCACAUGAUUGAGGUUUACUCAUGCUUUAUUUAAAGUACUGAUGUUUGAAAGGUCAUCGAAUGGAAGCCCAGCAGCAUAAAUCACCAUCGUGAUCACAUCUUCGUUCUUUCAAACUAAAAUAAUAGAAUAAGAUAAUUUGUGUGCGUGUUCAGCUAGCAAGUGAAACCACUGACACUCUUUUUCAUUACAUCAACAGAUCUAAACAAAUGGCUUAGACUGUAACAGUGUGGGUCAGUACUUCUACAUUGUGCAUUUAAAAGACUGGCUACAGUGCAAGAGUUGGAGAGCUUUGGUCUAAACUCAAAGGGAGGAUAAAGAGCAUUGAUUCUCAACUGGUUUUG